CACCAUAUUGCACUACUAUAUGAGGUUUAUGCAUCGCAAAUUUAGCCAUAGUAACGUAGACAUUGCCACUUGCUCACGACCUUCUACGCCACUCGUUUGGCGCGUCGACGCGUCCACAUAGCCCCGUCGCCGAGACGCCUUUGCAUUGCUCACUUCCUACUUCCAGCUCAUGCGGUCGAGCCUAUUGAAAGCAGCGUUGAAGAGGACUCCGGAAGGCCGGUGACUUGCACGCAAUGCACGUCCUUCCGUGCUCCAGACGUGGCGAAGGAGACGACUUGUGCAUGGCUCUUACACAGAUAUCGAGGGAGCUCUUGGGCCCUAAUGGAGACGGUUUGCAAGCUGGAGGUUGCGACAGCAGCGACUGCUUGUUUUGUCAAUAUCGGUCGCACAGCCCCUUCCAUCUUAACGCGUACGCUGGUAAAUUAACAUCGCUGCUGCGCAAGCGCAGCCUAAACGGAAACUCGUUCCAUUCCAUCCUCAGUGCACACCCAGAGCAUAGCUCAACGCUUCCAACGGCACUGGACGUGACAAGUGCGAAGCGUCAAAAGUCAACAAUCUCAUCAACUGGCUUUACCGGAGCGUCCGUAGAGCCCUCCACCACUGUAACUGUUCCACCAUCUUUGGAUGCUCGCGACUUCACAGCUCUGAACCCGCAGCAUCGCUCGCGCUCCGUCUCGCCACACAACUGCAACGUCAUGCGCGGUCUCCCCUGCGCAAGUCACCUCCACCUGCAAGGGCCAGGGGAACAGGUUGCAGCUGCCGAAGGACUGCCAGUAGCAGCACCAACCGCCGUAAUACACCUACCAGCAGCAGCCCUACAAGCAGCCGUAGCAUCGGCGGCAGCAAUAAGCAGACAAACGCCCUCUUCAAGCCAACCCCAGCAGCAUCCGCGUCAGCGGCGUCACUCGCAGCCCCCUCACGUACCGCUCCCGCCCGGCUGGUCCUUCCGGCCCGAGUGGGCUCAGCGGGCUGAACCCGCACCCGCAGAGCUCCAACAGGUCUUGCGGCUGCAUGCGGAAGCUCCCGGGACGGGUCCAGCAUGCGGUGGAAGCGGCGGCAGCGGGGGGAGUUGUACGGCUGCUGCGGCAGCUACUGCUGUAGCUGUUGCUGCCACCGCUGCUGCUGCUGCCGCCAUACGGCAAGAGGCGCCUUGCGGUGCAGGGCGCUGUGGGCAGGAGCCAGCGGCACGAGUGUCGACGGUGACAGAGCGGAGGGAGGAGGUGGAAAGGGAGGAGGAGGAAGGUGCACGUCGUGUUGGCGACGGCAGCGGGGGCGGCAGUUGGGGCUGCGGCGGGAGGAGCCGUGUGACGCACAGGUGGUCCGGCAGCGGGUCCGGCGCGGGUACGGGUAUUGUGUGUGCGCUGGAGUUCUCCCCGGAUGGGCGGCUGCUGGCGGCUGGGGGCGUGGACAAGCAGGUGAGACUUUACAGCCUGGCGGACGCAUUCGGAGACAUGUCGGAAGACCCCAUCGACCCCCUUGUAGCCGCCGGGGCAGACGAGGCGGCGGCGGAGGAGGAGGAGGAUGAAGACCCGGCGGAAGUGCCCUGGGGUGCUGACGGGGCAGGGUUCCCUGCGAGCCAUUGCAGCGACUUGCCGUGCUGGCCGCCGCGACGGGCUGCAGGCUGUAGCAACGGCGAUCGCGGCGGCGGGAGCGAUGGCGCCAUCGGCUAUGAUGACGUUGUACAACCGUACGGCGGAGAUGCUGACAUGUCUCCAUUGGUUGUCGUACAGCGGAUGCCCUCCAAGAUCAGCAGCAUGGCCUGGUCGCCCUUCCAGGACGGUAUUCUCACGGUGGGCGACUACGACGGAGUUCUCACCCAGCUGCACCUCGCCUCCGGACACCAGCUAGCUGACGUGGAGGCGCACGGAGGUCGCAAGAUCUGGUCCGUCGUACACAGUCGCCGUACACCCCACCUAGUCGCCUCCGCCGCGGACGACCGUUGCGUGCGCCUGUGGUCGGGUCGCGAUCUCGCCCAAUGCGUCGUUACGCUGCAACCCAACCCACGUGCGUCAGUGUGCUGCGUGGAUCUCUCAUCGGAUCAGGAUCACCUGCUCGCGGCGGCUUGCUCGGAUAGUACGGCGUACGUGUACGACAUGCGACGGAUGGGUGGCGGACCGUUGGCGGCGCUGCGGUAUCAUAGCCGGCCGGCUAGUUACUGCCGCUUCUUCGGCGCUAACCGAAUUGUAACGGCUGCAACGGACGCUUCCAUUGCGUUGUGGGAUUUGCCGACGGCGAUGGACUCGGCCGUCGCUACGGCAUCGUACGGCAAUGACGCCACCGCAGCUACCGUUUGUACGACACCCUACCGGGUAUUCCGCGGACAUCACAAUGAGAAGAACUUUGUGGGUCUCAGUGUGCGGCCUGCGGAGGGGCUGCUGGCGUGCGGCUCCGAAUGCAGCCGCGCAUUCGCCUACCAUACCUCCUGGUCUGCGCCGCUGGCGGCUGUGGAUCUGUCGGACGCGACCCACGGGUCUGUCGCCGAUGCCGCCACCAUUGACAUUCGCGGUGGCGCCGCCGCCACUGGCGUCACGGUGGCUGGUGGCUACACUAGCGGGGCCGUUGCGGGGAGUAAAUGCGCUGGUGGCGGUGGUUGCGAGUUUGUGAGCGCAGUGUGUUGGCAGCCGGCUGAGGCGGGGGCGGUAUGGGGGCUACCGCCGCUGCUGGCGUCGGCGACGUCGCGAGGCGGCGUGAGCUUGAGCGUGCUUGCAAGGUACAGCUGAGCUGACUGCAGGAUAGCGGGAGGAAAGACCCGUGGGUCUGUCUAAACUGCCAUCUUGUUUGCAAGCUGCCCUUGUGGGCUGGCAGGGAUCUUGCUCCCAUGGUUGGUAACCACCGCAUAGGUCACAUAGGCGCCCUGAUUGUGCGUUCGGUGCAUGCGGUUGGCAAAUUUGAAGUACCGCCGCAUAUAUUCGAUUAAUGCUAUUGAGGACGAGGAUGCAGGAAGGGCGGCCUUUCAUGCAGCUUUCCUCUAUCAAUGCAUAAUUGGAUAAGGGCUGCUCUGAACACAAGACGUACGGAUUUCCUGCAGGCUGCAUGGGCCCCUCGUACUAGCGCUACCUAAGGGGCCGUAGUAUGGUUGUUGGUAUGGGUAAGCGUACGUUUCGUGAGCGUUUGUGUACCUUCGUAUCUGUGUUCUGUUGCGCAAAGUAAUUGUCAUCAUUGUGGUUUAUGGCUUUGGAAGCAUCAGAGGCCAGGGUUUUGUUGGUGGCUUCUAGUUAGUGCCUUGUUGUGCUUAUUUGGUGUCUGUCGUGUGUUCUUUCGGAUUCCGUACGAAUGAGGAGGCUCAUUUCCUGUGGAUUGGAUCUUGUACAAUAGUACUGCUGCAGCGAGAGUCUUGUCUGGCCUCGUUUCCCUAGAGAAGCGUCAGCGCACGUGAGCGCAGGCAGACCAGUAUACGGCAGGCGUUUUCAGGAUGCUGGAGUGUGGCUUUGUCCAUUUUUUCGCUUCACAUAAUGGCUUUAAUGAUUAUCAGCAGUCCUAUAAUCGAGCCGCUGGCGGUAUCACGGCUCUAUUGUCGAAUCCCGCUGUGAGGCCACGGAAUCCCGUGGGCUUGCGAUAAUGGUAUGUGUGUGUGUGUGCGCCGCACCUCCCUUGUGUGUUGCUGGCCGUGAGGGCCUCUGUCUUGUCCUAAUCGGGAGGCUGGCGAGGCAGCGACAAGGAUUGCUCAAGGACGAUGUGGGGGCUGUUCACCUGUGCUUGUGGGCUUCGUCGUGUGCUCAUGUACUGUUUUAUCUUUGGAGUGAGGGCGAGUAUGGCAGCCCUGCGUGCUGGUUAAUGCACCCAGGGCUGAAUGCUGAUUUCGUAGCAUUUGUUGAUUGCCGCCUGUCACAGGCGCGUGUCCGAACGAUGUUUGAUUCGGGCCGGUGGCUCAGGUGUCCUAGUCAGUUGCUUAGCUGUUGCUGCGCUGCCCAUAAGUGCGUUUAGUCGAGAAGAGAGAAAGCGUCAUAGAGAGUUACCGUACAGAGUGGAGUGGGCGGUGCGUCGUGAGCAUAUGCGUGUAUUUGAGGGGGCUUGCAUGUAGCGUGUCUGUAUGCGAGGUUCGUCACCCUUCAGGGUAUACUGUAAUUGCCCCGGGUGGCGACUGAGAGGCUAACUGAGGCUGGUGUUGCGCCCCUUAGCGGUUUAGCUCGGGACUUAU